UUUUUGGUCUUCGAUUGAAACUCGGCCCUUGCUGCCAGCUCCAGUGGGUGUGCGCUCGAGCAGACGAUAGACCCUUUUGCUGUCUUGGAGUAACGGUUAAUAGAGAAGGUCUGAGACAAGCCAGAGACCGGCACUGACCGCAGCAGCCGACAUUUGGUCAGGGGUCAGGCGUGCGACCUUCCAACAUGGCUGAAGUGCAGGGAGCAGAGCGGAAGGUGGCGCUGGCUGUGGACGAGAGCGAGCACGCAGAUCAUGCCUUUCAGUGGUACUGUGACAACAUCUACAGAGAUGGAGACUUCCUAGUGCUUGUUCAUGUCCCGGAGACCUACGACUUCACCAUGGCAAGUCCUGCUGUAGUGGAGCAGUUGCUGAAGGAGCUGUCUGAGAGGGUGGACAACCUGGAGGCCAAGUACAAGGAGAAGCUGCUGAACAGAGGGAUCUCAGGGAAAUUUCGGACAGGGUCUGGCAAACCAGGGGAGGUCAUCGUGAGCAUCGCACGUGACGAGCACGUGUCCUUCAUCGUGACGGGGACUCGCGGACUCGGCAAGUUCCGCCGGACCAUCAUGGGCUCCGUCAGCGACUACAUCGUGCAUCACUCCCACGUGCCCGUGCUGGUGUGUCGCCGCAAGCAGGACGACAAAUAGACUGUCCGCCUCCAGCAGCUUCUCCAGGCCGUAGUCGUGACCCACAGUGCUAUCCUCGGGUUAACUUUAGGGUCGUAGUCGUGACCCAGACUGGUAUCCUCGGGUUAACUUUAUGGCCGUAGUCGUGACCCAGAGGUUUAUCCACAGGUUAACCUUAGGGCUAUAGUUGUGACCCACACUGGUAUCCUCAGGUAAACUGUAGGGCCGUAGUCGUGAC